AUGGGUGCUAAACAGCGAAUGAAGGUGCAAAAUGAGAGGGCCCAUAACAAUAUUACCAACCGUGGUAAUGUGCCAAAGUCCCUAAAAUCUAACGAUGAUCAGUCGAAUUUGAACGCAUGGGUUCUCGGUCUUAUUGUGUUUGUUGUUUGCGGUUCCGCUAUCUUCGAAAUUAUCCAACACAUACGAAUGGCUUUCUAA